UAUCGCCCGUAACGCCCGGACGACGGCUACUGGGAUAGGAUUUUGGGGCAUUUUGGGCGAUAAGUGGAACACACCUAUUAUUAUGACUCUAUGAACGGUACACAAACUGUAUAGCAAUUCAAAGCAUACAUAUAAGGUGUCACGUGAUAUAUAUGUCUGAAAGUAUUUUUUAAUACGCAUUUCGUGAAAACGAAGUCUUAUCUACGGAGUGCAAGAUAAGAAAUCAUAUAGCAAAUAUUUAAUCAUCAAAAAUCUGUGUAUAGGCUUAAAUAUUUCGUAAAAACGUUUGGUCUUUUUAAUUUUUCAAUGGAAUAUCGUAUUCCAAAAUCAGGUGACACUGGAGAUGAAGAAAUGAAGGAGCAUCCGAGAAAUCUCAUCCCAGAAUUGUGCAGACAGUUUUAUCAUCUGGGAUGGGUGACUGGAACAGGAGGCGGAAUAUCAAUUAAAAAGGGUUCUGAGAUUUUCAUAGCACCAUCUGGAGUUCAGAAAGAACGAAUAUGUCCAGAAGAUUUAUUUGUCCAAGACAUCGACGGGAAAGAUCUGGAAUUACCACCUUCGGAAAAGAAACUCAAAAAAUCUCAGUGCACUCCGCUUUUCAUGUGCGCUUACACGGCCAGAAAUGCUGGAGCUGUCAUUCACACACAUUCCAAAUUUGCUGUUAUGGUCACUCUUUUGUGGCCUGGACAAGAGUUCAGGGUGACUCACUUGGAAAUGAUAAAAGGUAUCAAGAAUCAAGAACUGGGAAGAUCUUACAGAUACGACGAAGAACUCGUUAUCCCUAUUAUUGAGAACACACCUUUUGAAGAAGAUCUGAGAGAUCGUAUGGCUGAGGUGAUGGAAAAGUAUCCAGCAACCUGUGCGAUACUAGUUCGAAGACAUGGUGUUUACGUUUGGGGUGAUACUUGGCAACAAGCUAAAACAAUGACUGAAUGUUACGACUAUUUAUUCGAUGUGGCGAUACAAAUGAAGCAGAGUGGAAUAAAUCCUUCAUUGACUCCUGAUCAAUACGAAUUGAAGUACCAAAGGGAGAAUAAAGAAUAAUUAUGAAAAUUCAUGAUUUAUUAUACAAAUGUCACGUAGAAUAUUCUACAGAAAAAAAUAUAUUUUACAAUUUCGUUCAUAGUAAAA